AUGCGGGGGGAGGUCCGGGCGUUGCAGGGCCUCGGCGUCGACCCGGAGAAGGUCCCGUGGGGGCUGGCGGAAGUCCUGCCCACGGGCUGCGUUUUGCUCGACCUGGGCUUGCGAUUGCUGUUCGAGGACCUCCCACCGGUCGAUCGCGGCGAGGUCGGGGAGGGGCUCGCCCGCGAGAUGGAUCGAAUCCACCGCAUGCUGGUCCAGGAGGACGCGGCAUUUCUCGAAUACUUUGAUAUGGAUCUAACGGCGUCCUCGGUGGAUACGAAGGGGGAGAUCGGGCUGUAUGAUAAUCGCGUUCUCGAUCGCGUGCUUCGCGAGACGAACCAACCCCCACCCCCUCUAAACGCUUCGCAUUCCAAAUGGUCCAUCUAUUCGGACGACCGUUCAUUUUCCAACCGAACCCCCUCUGGGGACCUCUCGACCCCUCUGAUCGGGAUAGGGUUGAAUUCAGACGGUUAUUUAAGUAAAAUGCUCGCGGCGUGUGAUAUGCUGUCCUCGGUGUUUGCUUCAUUAGAUACGAAAAGGGAAACAGACUUUUCAUCUUUGGACGAUGUGGAAAGCUUUCACGCCAUCUUGCCGCGUAUGCGGCGCGCAUUGCGAGUCGUGAUUGGACGUCGUUAUAUCAUGGCCCCUCAUCCCUACAACUGGAGCGAGCUCGAUCUUCACCGGGCCUAUCCUUUUCUGGAGCCUCUCACCAUAUCGUUAUCUAUUCGAAAACGAUUUGUGGUGCUUGUGGUCGGACCACCAGACCAAACAAACGAAUCCGAUUCUAGAAGACCUGCAAUGGUGGGCACCAAUAGUUUUUUGACUCUCGCGAUGCUGUUUCCUGGGUUAACCCCCUCCAUUUUGUACGCGGAGGAGCCCCCUAGCGAUCCACAAACGACGACUCGCGCUCCUUCUAGGAUUUACUUUCCCUGUAAACAGCAAGGGAUUCAUCAGAACCACGACACCUAUCUUAGGCUCACUAGCGGAGAUGUUAGUAAAAUAAAAGAACUCACCACAAAUUAUGCGCAUCAACGUGUAGUUCUGGGACUUGUUUGCACCGAAAACGCCACCGUGGCGGAUGUAUUUCCCUUGGAAGACUGGUAUCACAAAGUAUUCCCACUCGUCUUACGUGCGUAA